AUGUCGUUGAGGCAGGGUGACAGAGGGCUGCCAGGUGAAUCUGGUCCACCAGGAUUCCGGGGAGAGAGAGGGACUGCUGGAUCAGCUGGCCUUAAGGGAGAUCGAGGACAAAUCGGACCACCUGGUGUGCCUGGAUCAGUGGGUUUGCCAGGUCCCAGUGGUCAAAGAGGUGAAAAGGGAAAUGAUGGACAAAGAGGAGAACCAGGACAGACUAUCUCUGGACCAUCAGGACGUAAAGGUGAUCGGGGUGAACAAGGACCCGCAGGAAUUCAGGGGGAAAAAGGAUUGAAGGGACAGAAGUCAGACAAGGGUGAAAAGGGUGAAACCGGAUUUGGUAUCCCUGGGCAACCAGGACCCAAGGGUGAUCCAGGCGAUAGAGGUAACAUUGGACUUUCCGGCAGACCUGGAGAAAAGGGGGAUCCUGGAGGACGAGGGGCGAAUGGGGAGCCUGGAAAAACAGGACCAGCUGGAUUGAUCGGACCUCGGGGGAAAGAGGGUGAAAAGGGAAACAAAGGAGAGGACGGAACACCGGGAGAGAGUGGACUGCCAGGUCGCAAUGGAGAGAGAGGACCUCGAGGUUUCUCGGGAUCUGAUGGCAGACUUGGAGAAAAGGGGAGCGGUGGAGAGCCGGGACAACCUGGGAGAGAUGGGAUCAGAGGCCCUGCCGGCUCGAAAGGAGACCAAGGCGAGAAGGGAUCAAUAGGGCAUACGGGGCUUCCGGGACCUCCAGGAAAAUUGAUCGAUACUGAAACUGGAGUGGCUGGUAGUAAAGGAGACAAGGGAGACGCUGGCAAACCUGGUGAGUCCGGGUCAAGAGGACUACGAGGAGAACCUGGUGUGUCAGGCCUAGCUGGUGAUCGAGGUUCAGAAGGUCAACGAGGUCUCCCAGGACCACAGGGAGAUCAAGGUCAAAGAGGAUUCCCAGGAGAAAAGGGAGAUAGAGGACCACCUGGACAGGAUGGCAGGAAUGGAAUUGACGGGAAGAACGGUCUCCCAGGAUCUUCUGGACUAAGGGGUGACCCAGGGAAACAAGGAGAACCUGGCAGAGAUGGGUUGUCCGGCCCAAGAGGCGAGUUAGGACCAUCGGGACCAGCAGGACCUCAGGGCCCACCAGGACAUCCAGGCAAACCAGGAAAUGAUGGGAAACCUGGAGUUCCUGGGAAGAGUGGAGAAGACGGGACUCCAGGAGAGGAUGGAAGGAAGGGUGAUAAAGGUGACCAAGGAGAAACUCCAAGAAAUGGACGAGAUGGGGCCAAAGGUGAGCGUGGAGAUCCUGGGCUGCAAGGAAUUAUCGGACUUAACGGAUUGCCGGGUGUAAUUGGACUUCCAGGACCCCCUGGGCAGGGAUCUGAACCAUCCAUACCAAUACCAGGACCACAAGGGCUUCCAGGAACACCGGGAAUUCCAGGCAUCCCUGGAGCUGCAGGCGUACACGGCGAGAAAGGAGACAUGGGGCCCAAAGGUCAGAAAGGUUUUGAUGGAAAUCAUGGUGUCCCGGGAACAUCUGCUAAUGUGGAACAAGCUUUGUUGAAAUUUGGUAUAAAGAUUUCGACACUGCAGGAAUUGGAGGAGAAUCGUGGUACGACUGUUCAGGGACUGCGAGGGGAGAAGGGACAUAUGGGGGAGAAAGGAGACACGGGCAAUCGAGGCGUGAAAGGAGACGAGGGAUACAUCGGGAUUCCGGGAGAAAGAGGAUUCAAAGGAGACAAAGGAAGCCAAGGUGUUCCUGGACUUGAGGGGGCACCAGGCCGUGCAGUGUUUGAACGAGGCCCACAGGGUCCUCCAGGACAGUCCGGUGAACCGGGAAAGCCAGGACUCCAUGGAUUACCAGGCCAGACUGGAGAGAAGGGGAUUCCAGCAGAGCCCGGAGAGAAGGGUAAUAGAGGGGAUAAAGGUGAUCGAGGCGAUUCAGGGCGAGAUGGUCAACCUGGCCCAAGAGGUCCUCCUGGUCCCAGGGGUGACAAGCCAGAAGGACCUGACUUUGGACAAACUGGAGAAAGAGGACUUCCAGGACCACAGGGAAUAAAGGGCGACCAUGGACCAACAGGACCAGUUGGACCCAAAGGAGAUAAGGGUGAUGCUGGAGCCAAAGGAGACCGAGGUGAAAGGGGUGAAGCUGCCGAGAAGGGCAGGGAUGGUCUUCCGGGGAAUCCAGGGGAAGAGGGUCUUCCAGGAAUAGAAGGGAAACCAGGACUGCCAGGCUUCCCUGGAGUACUUGGCCGCCCGGGAAACCAAGGAGACUCUGGACCACCAGGCCAACAGGGCACAACAGGACCACAAGGCCCAGCGGGUGUGCCCGGAGUGAAGGGUAUCCAAGGUGACCAGGGUUUGAGUAUUCAGGGGCCGCCUGGUCCUCCUGGUAACAUGGGACUUCCUGGAAACUCUGGUGCUCCCGGAGCUAUGGGUUCUCAAGGAGCCCCAGGCCUGGCAGGCCAAGUGGGAGAACCAGGGAAGCCUGGAAUACCAGGGAGGGAUGGAGUUCCAGGAAAAGAUGGAGAGAAAGGAGUUCAUGGGACGAUGGGCAUUCAGGGAUUCCAGGGUCCCAUGGGACCCAAGGGAGAACCAGGAGUAUUCGGACUCCCUGGAGAGUCCAUAAUUGGAAAACCUGGAGCUCCCGGACCUAAAGGAGAAAAGGGAACACCUGGAGAUAUGGCGCCUGAAACCUCUGGACAAAGAGGGAUGAAGGGUGACGAGGGUAUGAAAGGUGACCAAGGUUCAAUGGGCCCAAAAGGACAUAAGGGUGAACAAGGUGAACCUGGGGAGCCGGGACAGAAUGGUUUAAAAGGCUCAGCUGGACUCAACGGUGAUAAGGGCCUCCCGGGUAUUGGAAUAACUGGUCCUCCCGGGCUGUCUGGUCCUCUAGGUCGUAAGGGAGACCUUGGAUUCCCAGGACCACCAGGACCUCCAGGCCUCCAAGGCCCGAGCGGUCUCACUGGGCAACCAGGCCUACGAGGUGAAACUGGAGUACCCGGCCCACAGGGUCCGGCAGCGGAGAGGGGCUUACCAGGGCUUCCAGGAAGAGAUGGAACAAUGGGUGCACCAGGAUCACCAGGACUGCCAGGACCACAGGGUUUGCCAGGGCUACCGGGUCCACAAGGUGGCAAGGGUGAAAUCGGAAUGGGAACACCUGGAUCGAGAGGAGAAAGGGGAGAUCCAGGACCAAGCGGUGGAGAUGGAAGACCCGGCUUGGCUGGAGAACGUGGACUAUCAGGUACUCCUGGUGGUCGAGGAGGAACUGGAGACAAAGGUGACCGUGGACCGUCUGGAGAGAAAGGAGAGAAGGGUAAUGCAAUCACAGUCGUUGGACCACCUGGAUUUCGAGGAAUCAAAGGAGAGAUUGGAGACCGUGGUCAGAAAGGAAGUGAAGGAGAAAAGGGAAUAAAAGGAGAAGAAGGACCAAGGGGUGAGAAGGGACCAAAGGGAGAACAAGGUGACAAAGGCUCAGUGGGCUUCCCAGGAGCCAGAGGUCCCGAUGGACAAAAGGGAGAGCAAGGUCAAGCUGGAGAUCUGGGCAAACCGGGAAUACCGGGAAAGAACGGCAUCGAUGGAGCAAAAGGAAACUAUGGUGAUAGAGGAGAAGCGGGAACUAACGGUUUCAAAGGUGACAAAGGGGUGAAAGGUGCCUGUGGUUUAAAUGGAGACAAAGGAAGUAAGGGCGAUCCCGGAAUUCCUGGGAGAAUCGGAUUCCCUGGCAGAAAAGGAGAUCGGGGUGAUUCUGGAACCACUGGAUUCCCAGGCAUGACAGGGAAAGAAGGUCUCAUUGGACCCAAGGGUGAUCGUGGCUUCGAUGGGCUCCAGGGACAGAAAGGGGGGCGAGGAGAGAAAGGCGAGCGGGGUCUUUCUGGUAUCACUGGGCUCCCGGGUAUCCAAGGAUCCGAUGGAAUUCCCGGUCCUCCUGGGCCGCUGGGCCCCGUGGGUCCCCGAGGAUCUGAAGGGAUGCAGGGCCAAAAGGGUGAAAGAGGCCCCCCUGGCGAGAGCGUUCCAGGUCCCAGAGGAAUUCCAGGUAUCGAAGGAGAAAGAGGAGAUCCAGGUGAGAUGGGUUCCGAUGGUCCAAAGGGAGAUCAGGGAAAUCCAGGAAUGACGGAGGGCCAGAUUCGCACCUAUGUACGACAGGAAAUGAAUGAACACUGCGCCUGCGGAGGUGAGUUAUGACAACUAUUUAUACUGUGGUAUUAUCGGUGACAUGAACGAGGCAGGUCUCUAGUUGGGUGGGAUAGCCGCUUCAUAAGACUUGGCCCAGGGGUGUACCCUGAGUCACAUGGAGAGGGGUGAGAAAAACUGCUGUGAGAUCUUCCCCUCUCGAAACUGGCUCAUUAUUGACAGAGAAAGAACAGACUCUCCACGAAGAGGUGAUGAAAAGCCAAAGACUGGUAAGAAAGUUUAUUUUUCUUUUCAUUGCCCUCCAAGAUAUUUAAGGGGAUAUUAGUCCUAAGAUACUGCGAACCAGUCUUGUCCUCAAAACUUUGUUUGUUCAGGCCAAAAACAAAUUUCACCGUGUAUGAUGACUUUAGACUUUACUUUAGACUUUAGAGAUAGAGAUACAGCCUGGAAAUAGGCCCUUCAGCCCACCGAGUCCACACUGACCAGCCAUUACUCCGUACACUAACACUAUCCUACACGCUAGGGACAAUUUACAGAAGACAAACCUGUCAUCUUUUGGAAUGUGGGUGGAAACUGGAGCUCCCAGAGAAAACCCACACAGUCACAGGGAGAACGUGCAAACUCCGUACAGACAGCACUUGGGGUCAGAAUUGGGUUCCGGGUCACUGGUGCUGUAAGGCAGUAAUUCCACUGUUGCACUACUGUGCCGCCACCAGAUGUGACAUCCCACCCAUCUACCUCACGAUUACCCAUUACGGGGAUUCCUCUGCUGCUAAGUAUCUCUGGAGCCUCAGUAAUCCCUUCUCAGCCAUUCCAUUCCAGUUUUUGAGUCAUUCUGCUUUAGCUUCUCUGAGAGUUUGCUUAUUGUCUUGUGGGGUGUAUUUUUUAAUUGAUGCUGCUGAAGACUUCUGAACCAUUGUGUGAAUUACUGAGGUAUUCCAGCAUGCAUAGGGGUUGACUUCCUCUCUCCUUGGUGUGGUGCCUCUAAAACCUGAAGAGCUUUAAUGUCAAAUCCGUUUAUGGUUCCUGUAAUGUGUUUUGAUGUUUUGUUUAUCCAUGGGUUGGUAUGUGUUCACUUUAUAUUUCAAUAGUUACAUGUUUUAAAGACAUCUGUAUUUAAAAAUAUAUCAACUUUGGAUUGAUAUCAAGUGCAGAGUGAAGUUUAAACAAGAACAGCGCACAAAAUAUGUUUCAGAGUGCUUUGGUCAAUUAAAUGCUGUAAGCCAACUUUUUUAGAGAUACGUCAUGGAAACAGGUCCUACAGCCCACACUGACCAGUGAUCACCCCAUACACUAGCACCACCCUGCACAAACUCGGGACAAUUUACAAAUAACAGAAGCCAAUUAACCUACAAACCUGAAAAUCUUUGGAGUGUGGGAGGAAGCCAGAGCACCCAGAGAAAACCCACACAGUCACAGGGAGAACGUACAAACUCCAUACUGACAGCACCUGUAGUCAGGAUCGAACCCGUGUCUCUGGGCUGUAAGGAAGCAACUCUAUCGCUGCGUGACUGUGCCGCUACUAACACAAGCAAUUGGAAAUCAGAAAACAGGUUAAUGGUUACGGGAAGGUUGUAAUUGGAGAAGAAUAUACAGCUCCUCAACCCUGUUCAUCCAACUAGUUCUUGUAUCCAUCUGUGACCUCUCAGACCUUUAGUCAUGUCACCAUACCAGGCUUAUAUGAAAAUAUAUGCAACAUCAAUUGAUCGUCAUUAUUGGGUAGCAUUUCCACUCACACUUGUGUCCAUUCAAAGUCUGAUUUGAUUGAACAUGUAGUUAAUGAUAAGAUCUGUAUUAUCUGGUGUAUAAGUUGCAGGAACCAAUAGUUGACCAGAAAAUGAGCGAAUGCAGACUGCUGUGGUCGCAGAAGACAUGAAAGCACUACCAUCUCAGGGACAAUUAAAUAUGGACAUAAAAUACUUGCAUUGUUAAUGAAGCCCACAUUCUCUUAACAAGCUGAACCAAAAACUUUAGUCACAGGGUAAUUAAUCUGUGGAACAUUGUUAUAGAGGGCUGUGGAGGCCAAGGCAGAGAUAGACAAAUUCUUGAUUAGAAUGGUGUCAGGGGUUUUGGGGAGAAGGCAGGAAAAUGGGAUUAGGAGGCAGAGAUCAGCCAUGGUUGAAUGAUGGAGUCGACUUGAUGGGCUGAAUGGCUUAAUUCUAAAACUUGUGAACGAUGGCUUGUGAACGCUUGUGAAUCGAAGUUUUAAGACCAAUUUGUCAAAUAUCAACACUGCAUCCAAAGUGAAAACUCUACCUGCUGUUCUAUUUUGCUUUGCAAGCUUGGAUUUAGUUCUAAAAAACCUGGCGGAUUUUUCAUUUCUGGAAUCAGUUAAUAAUCCAUUACCCAUACCCAGCAAUCCAUCUGCAAUCUUGGCUUGGUUGUUGUGCCUCAAAGUCUGGUGAUCACAUCUAUUCUUUCAGACAAUCAUUCGUGAAAUGGUCUCUGCUGGAGGAAACAUCCACUCGAACUGAUAAUUAGGGCAGCAUCAAAUGUCGACUAAGCAACUGGUAACAUAUACACCAGAUAUUAUGGUUAAUGUGGGUGCCUUUAAAAUUGUUUGUUUGUUUCUUAUUCACGGUAUUUGAUGGAUUUUAAGUAUAUUUACUUUGAAGAUGCUCCAAUAAGGAUCAUGUUGAACUUAGCAAUAAACAAGUAGAAUGCAUAAUAACACUACAUUUGUUUGCAUUGUUGGUUGAUAGUGGAUGUCCCCUUAUUUAUUACUAACAGAAUGAACCCUUGUCCCAAUUAGUCCAUUCUGAGGCUUACAUUCCAGAAGUUUACUCCACCCUAUCUUAACUCUGUCUGCUUUCAACAUUUCUGUUCCCUUUUCUUUCAUACGCUUGUAAGAUUUUAUUUUAAAGCUUUCUAAGCAGCUUGCCACAUCGAUGUGCGGGUGGUAAGAAGGGUCUUGACCCAAAACAUCACUUAUUCCUUUCCUCCAGAGAUGCUGCAGUUUGAUUCAGCAGUUUGUAUCUAUCUCUGGUGUAAACCAGCAUCUGCAGUUCCUUCCUCUACAUUCCAAUCAUUUAGUGAAGAAAUUCCAUCUCAUUUAACCUUUAUUAGCCACAGUUUUCCUAAGCCUCUGCUUGGACCUCAUUAGCUUGAACUACCUUCUCCAGAAGGCUGAUCUUGCUUGUUCAAGAGGCCAUAGACAAAGCUUAAGCAAUACCACUACUUCACACAACAAGGCGUGGCCUGAAACAGGUCCACCCGUAAAACACCACUGUAUAAUGCACCACCAAGCUGUGGCCAGGGCUUGGAACUAACCAACACUUACACUACAGAAUGCCAUGAAACAGGAGGAUAGAUCUGACUUAAUAGCUAGAUCAAAUACAUAAACAGGGAGUGCUGGAGGAACUCAGCAAGUCUGGCAACAUAUGUGGAGGAAAUGGACAGAUGUUGCUAGAUCCACUGAGUUCCUCCAUCACUUUGUGUUUUGCUUAAAAUUCCAACAUCUGCCGUUUGUUACAUCUCCUGUAUACAUACCUACAGAAUGUAUUUGUUUAAACUAUCAUCAGUUUUUUUAGAAUCUGUGUUAUUUGAUGCUCUUUCCAUUGGUCUAAAAUCAAACACAAAUUUAAAUCUCCCAUGUAUAUCUGUGCCUCAUGGAGCCAUCGAUAAUGUCCUCCAGUCUUAUCUUCCACCAAAUACCGUUCACACUUUUGGCCACCACUGUGUGUUAAUUGUUGUUGUCUUGUCCGUGCUGCGCUUGUCCUUGCUUUGUCUAGGUCUCUCAUCAAAUCCAACAUCCUAUUUUCGUCUACACCCUGUCUUAAAGAUUUCCCAUGAGGAGGACUAUGAUGAUUCUAAUGGGAAGGAACUCAGAGUGGUGGUAAAUGGCAAUGACCCAGACUAUGAACACUUCUACACCGUAGGAAGCUAUGAUGCACCAACAGAAGACUAUGGGCUGGAGCAGUUCCCAAGCUCGGAAAUGAUGCGCGAUAAAGUAGACGCCACAGACCCGCCCAUCCAGGAAAGAUUUAGAAGAGAAGCCUCCGUACAAGACCCUUGCCUGUUUCCCCUGGACGAGGGAAACUGUUCCAGGUACACCCUGCGGUGGUACUACCACAGAAGAAGUGGCCAGUGCCGACCCUUCAUCUAUGGUGGCUGCAACGGCAACACCAAUCGGUUCCACACACCAGAGGACUGCGAGCUCACCUGCAGGAACGAGAAAGAGCCAACUAAGGAGGACAGAACCUGAGUACAACAGGAAGAGGAGAGAACAAUUUAAUUUUUAACCUUGAGGACUUGGGGAGAUGGGGCGGGGAAGGGGUGGUUGACUUUUGUAAUUAUUGAGUUUGGCAAUGGUUUUUUACAAAAAGAUGGUGCUAUAUAUUUUCCCAGUUAAAAUGAAGUCUUUAUGAAUAUUUUUUGAACAAACAAAUCAAAUGCUGUUUUAGUGGUCAUACUUGUCACAGUUCAGUGCUGCUUUGUUAAAAGCCAGCAGAUACCAACACAUAAAUAUCUUGCAGUCAGGUUUACAGUUUGAAGCUUUUGGUGAUAAUGUCUGAUCUCUCAAAGAAAUAAGCACUUCAAAUGUAUGUAUUUUUGUCAGUUGGAAUUCCUGCGCUAACAUUUCAGCAGUAGGGCAUUAGGCAGUUUGGUGGGUUUGAGAGGGAAGAUCAAAGAUUUAGAUCAGGGCAUCUGCCACGAUUGUAAGGCAAAGUGGACUUGUUGGGUCGAAUGGCCUAUUUCUGCUCCUAUGUCUUAUGGCUUAAUUCUGAUAUUAAACCAACCCAAUGAAGCUAGGACUCAUCACAUUCCACUGUACUAUUUUUACCAAAGUGUUCUUGCCUUAGAGUUGGGUAUGUAAAGGAAUAAUUUGGGAAGACUAAAAAAGAAAACUCAGGUAAAGAGUAAACACUAACACAGUCAUGAUGGGCCAAUUGGACCUUCAUUUGUGGAUUGUCUACUUAUUUUAUACACUCAGAGUCACCUUUACCAUAUUGCGCAGAAUCCCACUGGACUAAUAGUCACAGACAUUCCUUUUCUUCUGGCACAAUAAGGGUUCCAUCUGAUUAGACACCCAACCAUCAUGAAAGGGAACUAAACAUUAGGUAAAGCUUCUAUGAAACCUAUGGGAUAUAUUAUGUAAUAUUUAAAAAAUAAUUGUAGAACGUGUAACUUUCAACCACUCCACUGAAACCGUCAAGGGGGAGAAAACACUCAAAUGGUGCUAUUUUAAUCUAAAGAUUUCUGUAUAUCAGCUUUCUACUUAUAUCAUUAUUUAUUGUGCAGGAUGAAAAUGCUUGCAGGAUAUGAAGGAAAUUGCCACCGGAAAGAAUACUGAUUAUUCCACCACACUUUUAACCCAGUUUAUUCCCCCAGGCAUCCAACGCCAGUAUUGUUAAAGGAAGACCGACUGCAGAAUUUGGUUCACAAAAAUAAAUUAGUUUUUAAUGGUGAAGCCUUCUCCUGAGACCUUGUCCCUGGACGAUGCUUCAGACUCGAGGAAACUUCCUGUGAACUGCUCUCAAAACCCUGUUGACUGAUUGACGGGGCUACCUUAUCCUCACUCCGUCUCCACCCUAGAACAUCACUCCAUUUAUAUAAUGUGGAUGCUGUACAAACAUUGACUGAAAGGACCAUUUGUCCAUUAACAAGUGCCCAACAUAUUUGGAUGUAGAGCAUAUCUAGGUAUGUUCUGAGACCCAGGCCACGUGCUUGAGUGACUAGCAAGUGAAGUCAAUCCAUCCUAAUCAAAUGAUUUAUGUAAAACGUUAAGAGGAUGGUUUUAUUUCAUUGUAAGUUUCUUUUCUCCUGGUCUCCUCUGACCACUGACACAACUGAGCAAGACAAAUCACCCUGUAGCAUUAACUUUCUAGUCCAACCUCACUUCCUCCCACCCUCUUACCAUCCAUCCUCCAUCAACCUUCCCAUUUUCUUUGGUGCUGAGAUUAUUGCUCUGACGUUCCUGUAUUCGUCUAUUUCCCUAACUUGUUAAUGCUCAAGGCAUAUACUGCCUCUUUCUUGACCUUGCAGUGGUGAAACCAAGACCCUCACCCUACUAUUAAUUGAUGUAGUCAAAGGUACCAAGAACAGAGUCUCCCUGACCAUGGUCUCUAACGGUGAACUUAUCAAUGUUUCCACCUCUUCUGCUACCCUAUUCAGUCCAAGUUUGAUACAAUAAAUCUUAAACCUUACCUGCCUACCACCUUUCACAUCAAGAUCACAUCCAGUGCUUAGAACCUCGUCCAUUUAGGCUGGCUUCUUAGCACCUUAAUUAGUUCUCAAAAGUUUACAGUCCUUCCCUUUAAGAUGCUUUUUCGGGACAGUGUGAAAUUAGAAGGAUGGAGUUAGUGUGCAUUAACAACAGAAUAAUCUUUGGGGCUCAAGAUUCCUCAAGAUAUUUAGAGCAUUUUUCUGAUGCAGACAGUAUUCCUUUAAAAAAUCCACCUCCAGGUUCUACAGAAAUGUUAACCAGCUUCUGUUUACUUACUGAGUGUGUAUGUGUGUGUAUAUAUUAUAGAAAUAUAUAUUAUAAAAUCCAACCACAAACCAAACUUGAUGAAUUAAAGACUGCAUACCUCUAUAA